GUACUAGUGGAGACGAGAGAGAGCAGAGAGGCUGAAGGUGGGAUCUGACAAGAUGGCCAGGCUGCCCUGAAGGAUGAUCAAGGAAACCCAGCAUUUGCUGGCAGAACCAGCUCUUGGUAUUAAAGCAGAACCAGAUGAGAGCACUGCCCGUUAUUUUCAUGUGGUCAUUGCUGGCUUUCAGGAUUCCCUCUUUGAGGGAGGGACUUUUAAACUUGAACUAUCUUUUCCAGAAGAAUACCCAGUGGCAGCCCCUAAAGUACAUUUCAUGACCAAAGUUUAUCAUCCUAAUGUAGACAGGUUGGGAAGAAUAUGUUUAGAUAUUUUGAAAGAUAAAUUGUCUCUAGCACUGCAGAUCCGCACAGUUCUGCUAUCAAUCCAGGCUUUAAGUGCUCCCAAUCCAGACGAUCCAUUAGCAAAUGAUGUAGUGGAGUAGUGGAAGACCAGUGAAGCCCAAGCCAUAGAAACAGCUAGAGCAGGGGAGUCAGGCAGUAGCGCGGUAGGUUAAGCACCCGUGGUGCAAAGCGCAAGGACUGGCUUAAGGAUCUUGGUUCGAGACCCCAGGUCCCCACCUGCGGGGGAGUCGCUUCACAGGCGAUGAAGCAGCUCUGCAGGUGUCUUUCUCUCCCCCUCUCUUUCUUCCCCUCCUCUCUCCAUUUCUCUCUGUCCUAUCUAACAAUGACAACAUCAGUAACAACAAUAAUAACUACAACAAUGAUAAAAA